UGAGAGCCACAGUCUCUGGUGGUGUGUUCAGAGCAGGAUCUCCAACAUGCUUUUCCCCUCGGAGUCUUCCUGCAACCUGACGUUCCCAAACUGCAGUUUCCCUCCUGACCUGCAGCCCGGCGCCUCAAUGCCUUCUGGGAAUUUCACGGGGAAAAGGAACCACUCGGACCCUUUCGGACGCAACGAAGAAGUGGCAAAGCUGGAGAUCACGGUGCUGAGUGUGGCGUUCGUGGCGGCGGUUUUGGGGAACGCAAGCGUGCUGCUGGCGAUGUACCGGACGCGCAGGAAGCCCUCCAGGAUGCACCUGUUCAUGAAACACCUGAGUUUGGCCGAUCUGGUCGUUGCCUUCUUCCAGGUUCUGCCGCAGCUCUGCUGGGAAAUCACCGACAGAUUCUACGGCCCGGACUUCCUGUGCCGCAUCGUGAAACACCUGCAGGUCCUGGGCAUGUUCGCCUCCACCUACAUGAUGGUGAUGAUGACGCUGGACCGCUACAUCGCCAUCUGCCACCCUCUCCAGACUCUUCAGCAGCCCACGCAGCGCGCCCACAUCAUGAUCGGGUCCACGUGGCUCUGCAGCCUGGUUCUGAGCAGCCCGCAGUACUUCAUCUUCUCCCUGAGCGAAGUGAUGCCCGGAUCAGGUGUGUACGACUGCUGGGGGCAUUUCGUGCAGCCGUGGGGUCUUCGUGCCUACAUCACCUGGAUGGCGGUGGGCAUCUUCCUGCUGCCAGUAGCCGUUCUGGUGUUCUGUUACGGCUUAAUCUGCCUCACCAUCUGGAGGAAUCUGAAGUAUAAAACGCGUCGGAGUACAUCAGGCUCGGCACCAGAGAGGAUGCUGGGUCACAGCUCCGUCAGCAGCGUCAGCACCAUCUCUAGAGCUAAACUACGCACCGUGAAGAUGACCUUCGUGAUCGUGCUGGCGUACGUGGUGUGCUGGGCGCCGUUCUUCACCGUGCAGAUGUGGUCCGUGUGGGACGAGAGCUUCGUGUGGCACGAUUCGGAGAACAAGGCGGUGACGGUGGCCGCUCUGCUGGCCAGCCUCAACAGCUGCUGCAACCCCUGGAUCUACAUGAUCUUCAGCGGUCACCUGCUCUCAGACUUCACCCGCAGUUUCCCGUGUUGCCGUCCUCUCCGCAGGAAGUUAGGACACCAAGACUCGGACAGUAGCAGCCGGAGAACAACUCUGCUGUCCCGCCUGCAGGGGUCCCGCCUCUCAGAGCCCUUCAGAGACCUCAACACACCCCCAAAAAACUGCCCCCAGGUCCAGUCUGCAUCCUGACCACCGGAAACACCAACUACGUGUGUUUGAUUUACUGAGAAUGAGAGAAAGAUAUGAACUUCUCUGCUGGUUUGUCGCAGUAGGAAGGUGUGAUCUCACUGUAGGAGCCAACAUGCUGUGGUAGCCUGUGUUUAUAGUUAUAUUAUCUUCAUUAUUAUUAAA